AUGGUGUUACGCGUAUUCGUUAUAAGUACAACGGGUCGUCGUGACAUUCGUAAACGUCAAAUACAUGUAUUAGCCGUACUGAGUAGCUGGAAAUUUGAACAUAUCGUCAUCGAUGUUGCUGAUCCUGAACAUGCUGAAGAACGGGAUUUUAUUAUUGAGAAUGGGAAAAAAAAUCAAGAUGAUAAAAUAAUGUUACCACAAAUAUUUAAUGAUGAUGAAUGUUGUGGAGAUUAUUUAGAUUUUUUACAAUCGAUUGAACAUGAGAAAUUACAAUUGUUUCUAAAGCAAAUUACCGAAGAAGAGUAUGAGGCACUACAACGACGAAAAAAAAUUUCAGAAGGCGGCGCGGAUGAUGAGGAGAAGAAAGAGGAUGAGGAGGGAGAGGAGAAAAAGGAAGGUGAGGAGGAUGAGGAAAAGAAGGAGGAUGAGGAGGGCGAGGAAAAGAAGGAAGAUGAGGAGGACGAGGAAAAGAAGGAAGAUGAGGAUGAUGAGGAAAAGAAGGAGGAUGAGGAAGGUACUGAGGAAAAGACAGAGGGCGAGGAGGGUAGCGAGGAGAAAGUUAAAAGUGAUGAGGAAAAAUCCGGGGAUGAAAAAGAGGAGGAAGGGGAAGAAGAUGAAAAAGCAAAGAAGGAAGAUGAUACGGAUGAACUGGGAGAGCCAAAAGUGAAAGACAGCGAUGAAGUUGAGGAGAAGUCUAAAGACGAAGCGGAAGAGAAAGAGACGACAACAGAGAAAAAUGAUGAAGAAACAAAAGAAGAUAACGACAAGACAAAAAAGUCCAAGGAAUCCAAGCCAAAGGAAGACAAGCCGAAAACAACGAAAACCGAUAAAGAAAAAGCUUCAGCGGAUAAAACGAAACAAAAAGAUGAAACGAAGAAGGCUGAUGAGAAACCUGGUAGAAAACGACGUGGUUGGGAUGAGACAAAAGAUGAUGCAAAAAAAUCUGAUGAUGAUACCAAAAAACCAGAAGAAUCUGAAAAGAAGGAAUCUGAUAAGUCAACUGAAGAAACCGAUGCAAAAAGCAAGGAUCUAGAAUCUUCGAAAAAGAAAGAAGAAGCUGAUGACACAGAUAAAACGAAACAAAAAGAUGAUUCGAAGAAGACUGAUGAGAAACCUGGUCGAAGACGACGUGGCUGGGAUGAGACAAAAGAUGAUGCAAAAAAAACUGAUGAUGAUACCAAAAAAGAAGAAUCUAAAACUGAGACAGAUCCCAAAAAGAAAGAAGAACCCGAAUCAACUAAAGAUGAACAGAAAAAAGAUGUUGAAAGCGAAAAGAAAAAAGAAGAAAAGACUGACACAACUAGUCGUCGGCGACGUGGUUGGGAUGAAAGUGAUAAGAGUAAGGAACCGGAAUCAAAAACUGAAUCAAAAGAUAAAUCGGAUAACAAAGACAAGAAGACGGACUCGAAAGAAUCAGCUAAAGAUGAAAAGAAAUCAUCCACCAGUAAAGAUGAGAAGAAAGCAGACUCAGAAAAAGAAACUGAAGAAAAGAAGUUAGAUUCAAAACCUGCGACCAGUCGUCGGCGUCGAGGUUGGGAUGAAGAAGACAAACAAGCAGCCGAGAAGAAAGAGGCAGAAUCAAAAACCAAAUCAGAAUCCGAGACAAAAGAUGAAACAACCGCCGAUGAUACCAAAUCGGAAAAAUCAUCUACAGACGAGACGAAAGAUUCUAAAAAAACUGAUAGUAGCGACGAAACGAACAAGGACGAAAAGAAAUCAACAACAGAAGAAAAGAAGCCUGAGUCAACAACACCCAGUCGCCGACGUCGAGGUUGGGAUGAUGAAGGUAAGAAAGAGGCCGAAAAGGACACGGAAUCAUCAAAAACUGAUAAAGAAUCAGAGUCAAAAACAGAUGAAGAGAAAAAGCCUGAAAGUGAAACGAAAGAAAAACCGGCUGGUAGACGACGAGCUUGCUACUUAAGAGUGAAUGAGCCUACAAAAAAAAAAGAAUUAUCAUAG